CCUCCAUAUAAAAAACCAAAGAGAUCUUUGAAGAAACAUACAUAAAAAACAAAGAUUUAAAUUAUAGAUAUAAGAUUAUAAUCUUUGAUUUAAAGAUGCCACCACAACCCAAACGAAAUCGUUGUGUUAUUUUGUAUGAUUUGAAUUCUAGAAAUCAACGUCAACUCCGUAGAGCAUUAUUGAAAAUAUAUUCUCAUCAGUAUUUUUGUAGUAGUAAAGAUUUAGUCAAUUUGGUGCUUGUCAACAGCAAAAAUACCAAAAAUCGGAAAAAUCAGAAGUGGGGACGGGGAUACGAGAAUAUUUACGAGAUUAGCCAGGAAGGACACCUUUAUGACCCAACAUUUGUGUAUGAUAAAAUUGAAGUUACCAAUACCAACACUGCGAACUGGAGGGAAGCUCUUUGUGUUGCAAUACAAAUUUUGAAGGAAGAUGAGACUUCAAGAAUAAUAACACACCAAAUAUUAUAUUUAUCUGAUUUGUGUACAGUGUCUCAGUCUGAUGAAAGUAUUAUUGAUAUCGUCAAUGAAUUAAAUGUUAAUAGCAUUUUUCUCUACAUCAUUGGACCUGAAGUUCAAUUUCCUAGAGCAGUAACAAACUUCCAGGAAUUAAAACCAUUGAUAGAACAUAUUACUUUCAAUCAAACUAAUGAUAAUUUGAAUGAAGCUAAAGAGAUGAUCCUAAGAUGUGACAAUGCUGUAAUGGCUGAUGUAAAAAUGGGAUUACAGUUUUUCUUCAAUUAUAAGAAUCCAAAUGGAAAACAGAUAUGGACAGUUCCUCUCACCGUUGGAUCAAAAAUUGUUUAUGAUGCUGGAACGUCAAAACUUAUGGAUAAAUCCAAAGGAUUUCAGUUGAAACAAAAACAUAAAAUUUUUAAAUCUCCAGUUUUCAUGAGUACACAAGAUUCAACCAAAGAAUAUGCUGUAGAGGAUGUUAGAAAAGGAAUCUUAAAGCAUGGGAAAUUUAUUCCCCUAGAUAAUAAUGAAAUUUUCAAAGUAAAAUUAGAGAGAAUGCUUUCUCUUGUUUUUGUAACAAAAAUAAAAUUUAUUCCAGAAUACAUGAUGAAAGGUCCUGCUUGUUAUACAGUUGCUGCUCCAAAGGAGUCUUCAUCCAUAGCGUUUUAUUCUCUAUUGAUAAGAUUAAAUGAACUAGAAAGUUGUUUAAUCGUCAAAAGAGUCUACAAUAGAGGUUGUGUACCCAUAUAUUUGGCUUUAUUACCAGUAACCUCUAAAAAAUGCUUCAGAGCUGUACAAUUACCAUAUGGCUCACAUGUUCCUUUUGAAUGGAUGGAACAAGAACCUGCAAAAGAUGAAGUUUUCAUUUCUGAACCAGUUGUUAAUUUCCUUCAGUGUUUAACUAUAGAGUCAAAAAAUUUUUCUUUGAAUUGUCCGAUGACCCCUAACAUACUGAAUUCAUCAAGAGGCAGAGCUCUAGAAAACAGAGCUACUGAAAAGCUUCUCCAAGAACCUAACCUACAUUUAGAAGAGGUUGAUCUAGAUCCGUUUUCAACGGGUAUUGAUUCAGAAAUAGGCAGAGAGCUGAGGGAAAUUUGGCCUUCAAGAGAACCACCUAAUGUUGUUGAGGAGGCAGAGGAUGACGAAAGUGACCAUGAAGACUACAAUGACUAUUUUUAAAUACUAAAAUUUCCACUUUGAUGAGGAAUGAAAAUUAUGGGAUGUAACAUAAAAAAAAAAAUAUUCCUUGAAGUGUUAAACUGCAAGUGUUCAGAUUGCUAUGGCAACAAUCUGUCUCAUAAUGUAAUUUUUUCAUUUAGUUUUUUUUUUCCACAAAAUGAAAAAUUAAAUAAAAUAGUUUGAUUAAA